AUGAAUGAAUUACCAGUCGAAAUAUUAGUAGAAGUUCUAUCAAGACUCCCUUACAAGUCCCUUUGCAGGUUCACCUGUGUUUCCAAAGAAUGGCAUAGCUUGAUUUCUUCUCCAGAUCCUGGUCUCGUCAAAGAUUUGCGUCACCGUCUUCAUCCAAACCCUUAUUUAUAUAUUUGGGAUUUUAACAAGUAUUUUGAUGACGAUAGACUCACUCUUCGCUUGUCCAUUGUGGACAUAGCUAAUGAAAGGAUUCAGGAAAAUCACUAUCUCCCUUAUGGGUAUUCUAAUUUCUAUUACUUGGUUUCCUGUCAUAAUUUUAUAUGUUUUGUUGGGAGUAUGAUUUCUAUCCAUAAUCUAAGCACCCAAGAAACAGCAGUGGUGCCGGAUACUGUUGAUUAUGGUGAUGUAGGUUUUGGCUACUCAUCACUUUCAAACGAAUACAAAGUGGUUAAGUGGUUUAUGCAGGACGCCGAGGGCAUAAGUAUGGGGUGCAAAAUUUUCAGCCUAUCUGAUCGUCUCACAUUCAAAUCAGAUUCGUGGAGAUUAACUGAAACACGCCCUUUUGAAGACCUCAGCGGAAAUCCUGCGUCAGUUAAUGGAGUGAUUUAUUGGCUGAUGUAUACGCAAAACCAUCCGAAUUUUUAUCAAAUGGAUUCGAUUCUUGCCACGGAUUUGGAUAAGGAAGAAUCAGAAAUCAUUUCAUGCCCAGAGCUCAGUCCUUCUACCCGUGCAUACUUGCUAGAGUUAAAGGAGUGUUUAUAUUUGGCACAUUGUUCGUCGGAAAAAGCAAUCGUGGAAAUGUGGAGGCUGGAGGACCCAAAAAAUUGUGUUUGGGUUUCAGAAUAUUACAUCAAUCUUUCAUCCAUACGCUACGCCAUUGUGCCACUAACAAGUGUAUUGGUGGGCCAUGUUGAAAAGCUUGUUUUUAUACCAUCAGGAGGCCGAGCUCUCCUCUACUAUAAUGUAGAAACCGGUACAAUGAGUACACCCGACAACUUGGUGCACUUAAAACAGCAUCGGCUUGAACUCCCCUGUGUUUUGAAGUACAUGGAGUUCUAA